AAAAUUCAUUUGCUUAUAAACUAUAAACUUAUGCUUUAAAAGGAAGUGGUUAGUUUAUUUACGAUAACUAAAAAUGUUCGUUGAACAAAUCAUAAAUUAAAUGUUAUGUUAUGUUAUGUUAUCCAAGUAGGCCAUCAAAUCGAUCCCAGUGUCAUAAGUUAACAACUCCAUUGUUUGGAACAUACAUUUUUCGUUAUCGCUUACAAGCAGUUAAACUAACUAAAAAUUACAGUGGAUCGAACUAUUUGAGAUUCUGAGAUUAAGUUGCCUCUAAGAUAACCAAUAACCCUCUUGGAAAAUGCAAUCAUCCGGCGGAGCUAGUGGUCGAAGUAACUCUGGUAUUACAGUUCGCACCAAGUUAGCGGCACCUCUAUCGACGCAAACGGCGGGAACACGUAAAGUUGUUCACGGCGGAGCGGGCGAUGGAGGAACCGAUGCGGCUUGGAAGCAGCCCGGUCGUCGUCUGGGUCCACCAUCUCGGUUGGUUCAGCCAACUAUAGCUUCAUCCUUGAGAGCCAGCAGCAACAAGCAGACGGCCAAGCAGCAGUUUGAACAAUCGGCUCUCGAGAAGGCCAGAUUGCUGGGACCUCCGUCUUCAACUGAAAUCAGGAAGCAACCCAAGAAGCGAGUUAUGAGCGAAGCAGCCAAGCAGGCGGCACGGGCCCGCCUGUGGCCAAGUAAGCCAGUGGGCGACAGCGAAACGUCCAAAAUACGCAAGACUAAACCUCAAGUGCCCGAUGAACCAAGUCUCUUGUUGGACUACGAAGCUAUGCAAGAUGACGCAGAGGCUAAGGAACCCAAACCACUAGAACUAAUGGAGACUGGCAUUCAGACUAACGAAGCGGAGAUCCUUGAUCAUAAACUAGUCCUCGGUGAUGUGAAGAUGAUACGUCCCUCAGUGCAACUGAUGGAGCAGAUCGAUCGAGACCGGCGCGAACUCAAAGCAAAAGUGCAGCGGCAGUCGGCGCGCAGGUUUGCUGACCACGAGCAACAAGAGGAACUACAUCUUGACGAGCUAAAGGAGUUCUCCUUGCGGAAUGCGGUGACCAAGCGUACGCCCAAGAAGCCACCGACGAUCCAUUACUCCACCUAUGAUAACCAAUACCAGAACGUGUUCAAGUCCAUGGACGAUUUCUUUAGCCGAGUUCAGUCUUCGGUGCCCAAAACUGAGUCUGUGGCCAACAUUCAAGAGCGCAUCAAACGAAAGGAAAAGGAGCUGCUAAGCCUAUUCGACAAUGUGGACAUGAAAGAUUAACCCAAAAUGGAUCAAAUUCCUUGCUAAUAAUAGUUUAAAUUAUUUGUGUUUGUACUAGUAAAGUUUUAAUGAAGUACACAGUA